AAGUAUCAUUUUUAUCACCGUAUUCAAAAUAUUAUAAGCUAUACAAUACAGUUCAUUAAUCACAGUUACAAAAAUAUCGAAGAAACCAGAAUUUAGAGCGAAAUGGCAGACCGUCUUACACAAUUACAAGAUACUAUAAACCAGCAAGCCGAGCAUUUCUGCAACAGCAUUGGUAUUCUCCAGCAGUUUUCAACGCCAAGUAAAUUUCCUGGGCUCGAUCGCAGUGGUUCUCAAACGCCGCAACAACAGCAAAAUCAAGAGGAUUAUGCUGUACUGUUUGCAACACUGAUAUCUCGGUGUGCCAAGGAUAUUGAUACACUUAUUGAAUCUCUUCCAAGCGAAGACAGCUCCACAGAAUUACAAGUGCAGAGCUUAAGAAGACUUGAGGCUGAAAAUAAAGAAGCAGCUGAACAGUUGGAAGAGGUGGUGCGUCAGGGUGAAAUUCUGCUGGAAAAAAUCCAAAGUGCUCUAAGUGAUAUCGCUCAAAGUCAACUUGAUAUGCAAAACCCAGCACUAAUAUUAGAGUCUGAUGCUAAACCACAGUUAUAGAAGAAGCUAUAUAUGAAAAAGGACUUAAAGAGUUCUUUUUUGGUAGUUUUUGUAUGUCAUAAUUUAGUUUUAUAAUUCAUUA